UGGUGUAUGACACAAAGCAUCAAGUUUAAUAUUUUCAUGAAUCGGCACAUUUAAGAGGUGGGUGUUUAUACUUGAUUACUGAGAUUGAGGUCCACAAUGGCAUGGACGUUUUCCUUUUCGCAAGGAUUUCGUACGUGGACGCACAGAGUUCUUCGCAUUGGAUUAUGGAUUCCGGUAUAUUUCUUUGUAGACCAUAACUUGUACAGUGUCUCGUCUGUUAAAGGAAGAUCAAUGAAACCCACUUUGAACCCGGAAACCAACUUACUAAGGGAGGAUGUUGUUCUGUUGAACAAAUGGAAUUCCAAUUAUCGUCGCGGCGACAUUGUUACUGUGCUCUCCCCAUUGAAUCCCAAACUUACAAUGGUAAAGAGAAUUGUUGCAAUUGAAAAUGACAUUGUUUGUACACGUAAACCACAUACUAAAAAGACGACAACUAUACCAAAAGGACAUGUCUGGAUUGAAGGAGACGAACAAUUUCACUCAGUUGACAGUAACAGCUUUGGACCUGUCCCCACUGGAUUAAUCACAGGAAAAGUUGUCUGGAUUUUGUAUCCAUUUAAGAGAUUCGGAUCAACUGAAAUUCAUGAUAUUAAGGAAGUUUCUUCCUCUAGAAUAAAAACUAGCAGCCAUGAUAAAUGACAUAUUCAAAUUUAAGAUGAGUUGAUGGAUUGUAUAAAACUGUGAUAUAUUGUUCUAAUAAAAUCCAGUCAAUUUCAUUUAUUAGAAAUCAAUUAACCGAUAAUUAUAAAACAAUGUCAAUAAAAUACUAAAAAUCCAGGAAAAAUCAACAAAAUAAUCCAAAAACUUAAAUCUUUCCUAAG